UCCCGUCUUUGGUUAACAGCUUGUUAGCCGACUUUUACACCUAUUUUCCCUACUAAAGCAAUGGAGGUGACGAUGGACCCUUUGUUUCUGGCGUGGAGCUAUUUCAGGAGACGAAAGCUUCAACAGUGUUCAGACAUCUGCACAAAAAUAUUACAAGACAACCCGUACGACCAGGCUGCAUGGAGCUUGAAAACCCGUGCUCUUACGGAGAUGGUAUACAUAGAUGAAGUUGAGGUCGACCAGGAGGGGAUUGCUGAGAUGAUGCUGGAUGAGAGCUCUAUUGCUCAAGUUGCACGACCUGGAACAUCACUGAGGCUCCCUGGAACAAGUCAGGGCGGAGGUCCCACACCAGCUGUCAGGCCUAUGACACAAUCAGGGCGUCCUAUAACAGGAUUCGUGAGACCCAGCACACAGUCAGGGCGACCUGGGACAAUGGAGCAAGCCAUUAAGACCCCCCGCACUGCAAGCACUGCUCGUCCUGUCACUAGCGCCUCUGGCAGAUUCAUCCGCCUGGGAACAGCCUCUAUGUUAACCAAUCCAGAUGGACCAUUUAUAAACUUGUCCCGACUGAAUCUGGCCAAGUAUUCUCAAAAGCCUAAUUUAUCCAGGACACUGUUUGAGUUCAUCUUCCAUCAUGAAAAUGAUGUGAAAAAUGCUUUAGAUUUGGCUGCUCAAGCUACUGAGCAUGCUCAGUUCAAAGACUGGUGGUGGAAGGUUCAGCUGGGGAAAUGCUAUUACAGGCUUGGUUUAUAUCGAGAAGCAGAAAAACAGUUCAGAUCAGCUCUCAACCACCAGGAGGUGGUGGAUACAUAUCUCUACCUUGCUAAGGUAUAUCAGCGCCUGGAUCAACCAAUAACAGCACUCAACCUUUUCAAGCAAGGCCUGGACCACUUUCCUGGUGAGGUUACCCUUCUAACAGGAAUCGCUCGUAUACAUGAGGAGAUGAACAACAUUCCAUCAGCCACAGAGUACUACAAAGAUGUCCUGAAGCAGGACAACACUCACGUGGAGGCUAUAGCCUGUAUAGGCAGCAAUCACUUCUACACUGAUCAGCCCGAGAUCGCCCUGCGCUUCUACAGACGGCUUCUCCAGAUGGGGGUGUAUAACUGCCAGCUGUACAACAACCUGGGCCUGUGCUGCUUCUACGCCCAGCAGUACGACAUGACUCUGUCCUCAUUUGAGAGGGCUCUAGCCCUGGUGGCCAAUGAUGAAGAGCAGGCUGACGUGUGGUACAACAUUGGACAUGUGGCUGUGGGCAUAGGGGACCUGACACUGGCCUACCAGUGUUUCAAACUGGCUUUGGCUUUUAAUAAUGACCAUGCUGAGGCCUACAACAACCUGGCUGUGCUGGAGCUGCGCAAAGGUCGCGUUGAACAGUCUAAAGCCUUCCUGCAGACUGCUGCAUCACUGGCCCCUCACAUGUAUGAGCCACACUUCAAUCUCUCCAUUCUCUCUGAAAAGAUCGGAGACCUUCAGAGCAGCUAUACUGCGGCCCAGAAGUCGGAGGACUCCUUUCCCGAGCACGUUGACACUCAACAGAUUCUUAAGCAGCUUCGGCAGCACUUUGCAGUGCUGUGAGUGUUCAGCCAGCAUGCUCGUGAAGCAAGGUGUGGUUUGAAUAAUGUAGCUGUCAGAGAUCAGAGACACUGCACUGCAGACUUCAAAACAUGAAAUCAGUAAAAUGCUAAAAAGUUGGCAAGUUAAGUUAGACAUGGAAGUCAAAAAAGGGACAUUUUGGUUUGUGUUUAUUUAUCAGAUGGUAUGUAUACACUAAAUUGCCAGUUUAUUAGUUACGUUUAUAAGCAUAAUUUAACAGUGUUGUUUUAUCCAAUUGGAGGUAAGUCUAUGUGGAGCUUUUUCAGAUAAAACCUGAAUUUGGAUGUGGUUGGCCUGAUUAUGGCAUAUCUGUUCCAUUUUUUUGGUCAUUCCCCUUUGACCCCUCUGACACACAACUGUUUCCAUACCGAAUUCCUGAUCACUGGUAGUUUUUCGCUUUUUGCACCAUUCUAAGUAAAUCUUUGCAACAGCAGAGUGUGAAGAGGCCGAGAUAACAGCCAUUUGGGAAUUCCAAUAACCAAAAUGGCGAGCUCCAGUGCAAGUUUUCUAUUACUGGUUAUUAUAGUCUGUGUAUGUAAUGAUAAAUGUCUGUGACAUUUGUAAGAUCAGCUUAACAACACUAACUCACACUUUAAACACUGCACAGUUCAUGUGAAGGCGGGUGUUUUCCUGAUAAACCGGUAACCUACUGUAUAGAUCUGUAUAGUAGUGAUACAUAUGUACAUAGUUAAGGUAAAUAUUUUAUUUAUUGUAGUAAGAUAAUUGACUCAUAUUUUAUGGUUCAUUUCAUAAAUCAGAUGUAAUUUUUGUAUUUUAAACCUUGCCAUUUUGUAGU